AUGUGGCAUGCGGCUCUCAUUAGGAGUUUUCCUUUGGCUGGUCAAGCUAAAAGAUGGCCAGGCCCUAUUCCUUGCGGGUCGAGCAAAAGGAGGUUUGCUGCAUUCUAUGUCUGUAAAUACAUCUCUUCACUUGAUGAUGAAAUGGAUGAGAUUGUAGGUCAUACUUAUUUGUUUCUGAAAGAGCAGCUCGAGAUAUCUACCAUGCCUCCUCCAUCUGGGGUUCUCCAUGGAACGAUUAUAGAUCAAUUUAUAGCCUGUGGCAAGUCACGAGACAAGGCGCACGACCUUGCUUCACUGAUCUGGUUGGCUGUUAUUGACAACUCUGAGGAAAAUCAGGAGACCUUUCUGUUACUUAAACGCCUUGCCUUUGAGGGAGAUGUUUUUCUGUCAUAUCCCUACUCAAGAUCAUACAAAGUUCAGUGGAGGAUUUUUGAGAGGCUUUUUACAGAUUUUCGUGACUGUUUUAAUCAGUCGGAUUACUUCGAGUUAUUGGCACUUGCCAAACACAAGUUUCUGCCAAUACCUUCUAAUUGGUUGGGUUACUAG